ACUUCUCAGUUUAUAUCCAGCAAUUUCAAGAGCUCAACAAAAAUAGAUCUGGAUUUUAUCUGCGCAACAGUUCCAUAGCAGUUUGUAUUCUCGUUUUAAACUUUGUCAUAAAAUUUUGUUUAAUGUAAGAAAAAUGAGGAUUCAUGCUGGAAUAGUGAUUAUUUAUGCAGUUUUCCUUCAAACAGUUUUUUCAAGCACGUGUAAAACAUUUCAAAUAACAAAGGACAAUCUUAACAUAGCCUUAGUUGGUCAUUCUGUGCUGGAAAUAAAUGAUACAGACCAUCAAGAAUGUGCUCGGACAUGUAUGUCAUUGAAAAUAUGUAAAUCUAUUGACUAUGACAGAACGAAGAAAGCAUGUAAAUUGAACGAUGCUGACCGGGAGUCUGUUGACACGUCGGAGUUUGAAACCAAAAAGGGUUCAAUUUUCUCUGAUAUCAGCGAAUGGCCUAGCGCAAUGGUUAGAAGUUGUAGCACAAGGCCAUGUAAAGCCAACCAAAGAUGUUAUCAUAAAGGAGAUUCCCAUGAGUGUAGAGAUAUAACUUGUGAUAUUGGUCAGGAAAUACACAAGGGGAAAUUGCUGGUAAACGGACAUAGCCUCGACAAGGCUUCGGUUAAAUGUGACGAUGGAUACGUUCCUAGUCAGCCUGAGGUGAAAUGUCAAGCGUCUGGAAAAUGGGAAGCCGCAACUUGUAACAGAUUGAGCGACUGUAAAGAAAUUCUUGAUAAAUUCCCGGAAGCAAAAAGUGGUUUGUAUGAGAUAGAACUAUGGAGGUCUAGGAAGAUAUUGAUUGUGAAUUGUGACAUGGAGACUGACGGCGGCGGCUGGACGAUGUUUCAAAGGCGCUUCGACGGGUCCGUCGAUUUUUAUCGAAACUUCUUAGAGUAUGAAAAUGGGUUUGGAAACGCAGAAGGAGAACUGUGGCUAGGCCUGAAGUACAUACAAGAAUUAGCUGACAAAAGUCGUUCAGAAGUCCGCCUGGACAUGACAAAUCACAACAAUGACACUGGGUAUGAGACCUUUCGGGAGUUCAAGUUGACAGAUGGAAUAAAGUAUAGACUCAUCAUUGGGUUACGCGAAGCAUCAGACAACAUAGCAAAAGGUUUAUGGUACAGUAAUUUAGCUGCGUUUUCAACUUUUGACCGUGACUUAGAUUUCGGAGGAUCACGUAAUUGUGCUGUUGAUCGACAUGGAGCCUGGGGGGGAUAAAACCAUGCACAUACGUUAAUUUCAAUGGAUUAUAUGUCCAACCAGGUGAAACAUGUAAACUUGCUGGGGCAGAAACCGGUGUUUGUGCACAAUGGCAUGGAGGGUUUAAAAGUGGAGGAAAAUUAAGGAGAUCUUCAAUGAUGUUGAGAAGGACAUAAAAUGUGAUCGAGAUCGAGAUCAACAACUAAACUCAGACAUUUGAGAGGUCAAAUUCGUGAAAUUUUGAUUGAUUUAAAAUUGAUUCUGAGAAUCUUUCUUUUGAAAUUUACAAAUAAUUGACAAUAAUAUACACCUGGAAAUAAGUUAAGCACACCCCUGAAAUAUAAAAUUGGUUAUGAUUGAAAGCGCUGUCAUUACAUGACGACUUAAUUGAGCUAAGAAAUAGUAAUGUGGCGGUUACAUACGUUAUUAUAAAUCUGGCUAAAUAAUGUGUUUUUAUAUUACGUAAUCGUCAACAUUUACCACAAAUAUCCAACUGUUAAUGUUUUGUAAACGCUCUAACACCAUGCUUAUAAACACUUACAUUUUUUUUUUGUAAAAACAACACAUUUGCUUCUGCUUCAAUAAUUUGGUUCAGAAUAAACUAAACUCAUAAAAUGUACUGGUUUAUAAAUACUUAAUUGGUAUUUCUACUGAUCAAAUUACUAUUUCUUAGCUCAAUUUAUUGCCAGGUGUGUAUAGUAUAAUUAAACAUCGCAUUAAGUGUCCGUAUUCAAAAGAUAUACCGCUCAAUUGGACAUUUGCUUACUUAUGCCAUAACAUGCUUUUUAGCAAAUAUCAACCAAAUUUUGAAAAACAUAAAAUACAGAAAAAAUUGAUAAUUAUUGUAGGGACAGUUUUCAUAGUGACACAUUAUUCCGUCCUGAUAUUGCUAUACCUAUUAACUUAUAUUAAGGAUUUAGGUACCUCAAGAAGAAUUUCAUUUCACAUGUUUACAACUUGACUGACAACAUGUAUAUAACAUACACACAUUGUACAUUAGAAUUGAAAGAUAUUGGUAGAAACAAGUUUAUAUACAAUUUUGCAUUUUACUCUUUCUUAAUUGAAUUACAAUAAUAAAGUUUUAUUUGUUGACACGGAAUGGACAAAUAACUGAUUCUAUUAUCUCAUAAACGACAGAGAUAUAGCAAGUAUUUUGGAUUCUACACUGGCUAUGGUACAGGCCGGAAUAUCGCGCUCGAGGGUAAAUGUUUACGGCAUUAACGAGGUUCCGCUGACCAGUUACUACCCCCAGGCUAUAUUUUCGUAGCUGUGACUACAGCCGGUGUUUGGUUCUUUUUCUUGCCUAUGACACAUUGAUCAUGAUUAGGAAAGAAAUUACGGAAAGAAAUAUGUUCAUUCAGAUCUUUUUCAUUACGGCAAAAUGACGUCCUUCUAAGAAAGCAAUCUAUACAUAAAAUGCGCACGGGAGUGGCGUCAUUUAAGGCACGCGACUUGUCUUACAUGGUGGAUGUUAGACAGGUUUUCCUAGCACCGGUGUAGCGUGAGAUUCGUAUGACCUGUUAAAAAUGUAAGAUCUUACGAAUUCCACGGGAGGGUUGUUAAAAAUGACACACGUGAGAAACAUAAGACUAUUUUAGUGGAGAACAUUUCCUGUUGCACUUACAUAAAAUACUGUCAAUAUUUCAUGGCAUCAAUAAAAUAAUGGUUUAAACGAAGGUGUUUGUCUGUAUUUACGAGUUAAGAAUAACAUUUUAAAUCAAUGUUCGGCUUUUAAAUAGUUGUCAUAUCGCCGCUUGGAUGGUCACGAUUUUUUACAAAUUAAUAUGGAUUUAUGUACAUGUAU